UCAAAAAGAGAAUGAGUCAAUUGUAAUGUAUGCUUCUCGUAUUGAAGAAACCAUUUGCAAAGCUAUACAGUUUGGGUUCAUAGACGAAAUAGCUAAAGAUGCCAUGUUAAGAAACAAAUUCUGGACAGGUUUAGCUAGUCAGUCUUUGAAAAAUUCAACCAGACAUUUGUAUGACUCUAUUAAAGAUUUUCAAUAUCUUCUUAGGGAAAUCCGAAAAGUGCAGCAGGAGGAAGCACAUACAAGUACUCGGCAACCGAAAUCCAAGUCAGCAGCAGUUCAUGCAGAGAGAGCAGAAGUGACAGAGAGUCAAGAAGACAUGAAGAAGGAACUUAGAGUCUUGAUUUCAAAGAUGGAAAGGUUUUACCGGGUAUUACCGGCGCUUUAUCAGAGACUAUGCCAGAGUCGUUCAACCGCUGAAUGAGUUACUGGUAGGACACCCAACAGCAAAGGGAAAGAACCAAGGAAACAGAAAGAAAGUACCAUGGUUAUGGGGUAAGGAACAACAAUUUGCUUUCGAGACACUUAUCAGUAAGUUGACCA